AAUAACUUAAUGCUUAUCUUUAUUUUAAUUCUUUUAUCAAACUAACCUAAACAAUCAGCUGAGAAUAGAUAACCAUGUAAUAAUCUUCCUCGGUAGUUUGAAAUGGGUGAAUUUCAUCCUGUUGGCCAAACUGGCCUUCAGGACUUCAAUUACACAUUUUAUGUAAUUAUUGAAAGUGUUCUUGAUUGCCGUUACUCAAAUUGAGUUAGUAUUGAUCUACUUGAAGCCUGAAAUUAAAUAAAAAUGUGGUUGUUUGGCUAUGGAUCUCUGAUUUGGAAAGUUGAUUUUCCAAUCAAAAGUAAAAUGAUUGGACAUGUCAAAGGAUACCUUAGGAGAUUUUAUCAGGCUAGUAUUGACCAUAGAGGAGUACCAGAAAAGCCUGGGCGUGUAGUAACUCUUCUACCAACUUCAAGCCAAGAUGAUGUAGUAUGGGGCGUUGCUUAUGAAAUAGCAGAAGAAAACAUUGAAAGUGUUCUCCAGCAUCUUGAUUACCGUGAGAAAAAUGGUUAUGAGAGAUCUACUGUGAAAUUUUAUCCUAAAGAUAAUCCAGAAGAACCAUUUGAUUUAUUUUUAUAUAUCGCUACUAGAGAUAAUACAUCAUUUCUUGGUGAAGCCAAGAUUGAAGAUAUAGCCAAACAAAUCUCUGAAUCAUCAGGCCCAAGUGGAUCUAAUUCUGAGUAUUUGUUUCAAUUGGCCACAGCUAUGAGAAAACUUGUACCUCAAUGCAAUGAUACUCAUUUAUUUGAUAUUGAAGCUGCAGUUAAGAAAAUUAUUUCAAAGUCACCGUCCUCUGUUAGCCAUGGUUAAAAUUAUAAUUAUGUUAUGAAAUAUUAAUUACAGUGAUUUAUGUGUUUGGAAUACAUAAAAUAUCCAAAUUAAGUAUGAUAUUGUAUGAACCCAACAAUUUGGAAUAACUGCUAUACAAUUGAACUCAAAGAAGAUAUCUUUAUGGAGUUCAUUACUUUCUAACAUUGCUCACAAUAUUGUGUUUUAGUAUAUUUUCAAUGCAGAUGAAUUUUGUCUCAUACAAAAGCAAAAUAACUUUUAAAAUCAACAUUCUUACAUUCCGUCGACCCCUAGAAAAAAACAUGGUUUUAUUUUAAAAGUUUGUUUUUAUUAUUAAGAAAACAUUUUUUCAAUUCUUUUAAUAAAAUCUAUUUAUUUUGUUAGAUGAGAACUUGAUUAAUACCUAAUCAAACUAUUCAAUAUGCGAAAGCAUGAAGGAAAUAGAAUGAGAUGAUUUUAAGUGAUUGUUGAAAAGGUGUAGAGUUUUAAUUUUAAAUCACUGUAUAAACUUUUGAAGAAUUCAGUCCUAUUUGAUAUAAGAUUUCCUAGACUUUCAUAUAUUUCAAAUUAAUAAAUGAUAAUUAAAGAAUAUAGCUUUGAAAAUCCUUUUUUAACUAAUUGAAAUGACUGUUGUAUCAAAACCAUUUAAUAAAUCAACUAAUCUGACUGAUUUUCACUUUCAUUUGGAGGCAUUAUUUUAUUUGUCUCCACAAGAAGAUAAGUUCAAAAAAUAAAUGUUAUGAAAGCUAACAAUUGAUGCCUGAGUAAUCUAUUUUAAUUUUUUAUUUGAAUAUUGUGUUUAUAGAAGUGACUCAGUAAUUAGUUAAGGCUUAUUGAUGAAUAUAUUGGUAAAUAGUACACAAAAUUUCUUUAGAUUGAAUUGAAAAUUCUCAAAUACAGCUUUAUUUAUUAUCCAUAAAACAAAUUGUAGAGAAGAGAAAAAAUCAACAACGUUAUGAGCAAUUAAGAAUGUAGUAAGAAUGUUUAUUACACUAGCUAGUGCAAUCUCAGCUUUUUCUGUUAUUGUUAUUUAAUUUAUAAAAAUUGCAGUUAUACCUAAUUGCUACUGAUUAAUUAUUAUAGAUGUGGUGGAUGAAGAAUAUACAAAGAACAAUUAAACUAUUAAAAAUCAAAAUUUACAUUUUUCACAUGAGAACUGUAACAUUUGUAAUUUUUUGUAAGGCAUUGAUUCAGUUCUUUGCGAACUGAUUAAAAGUGAUCUUUCCAAUUGCAUUAAUCAUUUUCACACAAGAACUCAAAAGGAAAAUAUUAAGAGAAUAUAGAAAAAUGUAUUCUGGUAGACGGAUUUCCAUGCCGUAAAAUGUUUUGUAUUUUUUUUUCAUAGUUUAAUUUUUUAUUAGAUUUUCAAUGAAGCAUUAUUAUUAUUAUCAUUAGGGAACUAACUGUAUAGGUUCUAAGGAUCUCGGAAUGUAAUUUUUUUUUUUUUCGUUACCCAUGAAAAUUAGAACUCAAUUUGAGCUAGAUGUUAAGAAUAGGUUUGAAGCUUUAGAAACUUUUGACGAGGAUAUUGACAAGUUUUGGGAAGAGAUCAGGGAUAAUAUUAAAGCAGUUAUUAAAUCUAGGAAAAAAGUAAAUAAGAUUAACAAACCAUGGUUUGUGGUUUGCCUUACUAUAUUUACAAAUGUAAGCAUCGAUAAGCCUUAAGUUAUUAUUGCCUUACUUUUGUAAAUGAAAAUAUGAAGAUGUCUUCCUUAUUUAUUCAUUCAGUUUUUCUGGAUAUAGAGAGUAGGUAAUAGAAAAUUGAUUUUCAAUGAUAAUAAUUAUUAGUAUUAAUAUCCAAAUUAAGGCAAUUAAUUAUCUAAAGAUCUGUAGUAGUUUCAGACACUGGAUUUUUGGUCCAUUUAUUGCUGUUAGUUCUUAUUAUUUUAAUUAUAAAAGUCAGUAUUUGUCUCCUAUAGUUUUUAGGAUCCUUUAUACGUGAUCAUAAUUUCGAAUUGUAGCUUUUUUCCUGGGCAAGGCUUAUCUAUUGUAUUUCAAAAUAAAUUACAAAUUAUUUUAAUUUGUGUUAGACAAAUCAAAGGUGAUAUUAAUUCAAUAUUUUAUUUUUAUCUGUUAUCCUAUUUUAAUUAUUGGUUGGGUCUUAUAUAGUAAUUGUUUAUCUGCUCUGGAAAAGGUCAGGACGGAUAACUAUAGGUUGCCUGUCAUUUACAAAGGUAUCCUGAUCAUUUGUUGAAUAAGUGUGAUUCUGUUAAUUAUAUGAGUAUGCUGUAUCUAAAUUUGUGAUUUAUAAUUCAAGUGCCAUCUUUUCUGCGUAGGUUUUAUGUUAAAUAUUCACAGUUAUUUGUUGCAUGUGAGUAUGAAAUUCAGGAAUUCUAAUUUUUUUGUUUUACUUUGUCAUGUAUUAUUGUUUUUGUAUUAUAAGUACUUUCAGAAUGGAUGUUACAAGAGAUUUUAAAAUGGCUAUUAUAAAAAUCAUUUGCGUCUAUUACUGUAUCCAUUUGUUACAUGAACCCCUUGAAAUGUAAUAGUGUCGCAUUCUUUUUGUUACUUUACCUCUUUAUUAGUGAAUUCUGUUUUGCAAAGUUGUAGAUUCAUUUCCUAUCUGACUAUCAAUAUUAGUCCCAAACCCUUCUUGAUAAAGCAUGAGAGACAACCUUAAUAGAACUGUUUUAAUGAUUUGGCUGAGGUUUAGUUUUAGUUGAUAUUUAUUAUUAUAUAAAUUAAAAAAUCUUAUAUAAAAUGCUUUAUAUAUAAAUAACAAUAAUAAUAAUACAUUAUGUUGAGCAAGGCUUAUUUUCAUGUAUAAUCUGUUUUUAUUAUUACAGAAAUUACUUUGUGUCCCAAACCAUUGGGUGUAAGGGUUCAUUUACCUUCUCGGUUUAUUCAAAGAAAUAAAUAGGGCUAUAUGUUUUCAUUAACUCGGGCUUAGUUUCAGCUUUGUAUUUAUUAUGGAAUUUUUCCUUCUUUUAGGAUUAGUAAAAUUCUACUCUGCCUUUAUUAUUUAUUAUUUUUGAUUUUUUUUUGUAAUAGUUUGUAUUGAAUUUUUAUUUCGCUUAUUUUUUUUUAUUUUUUUAUCAAAGAUUUAUAAUGCCACCCAAGGGUCGAUGUGACGGAGGCAGGGGGUAUCCAUGGCGUAGGGCCGUGGUGAGUCAGUCGGUGACGUCAGAGACGACCUUCAGCCCUUCCCCCCUCGCCGUUAUGUAUAACAUCUUCUAUUUACAACCUGAUCAAUUCUUCGUCCUGCUUUGAAUGCUUCGUAUAAUUUAUUGCGAUGGAGUUUUCUUCUAAGCAAAUGACAAUUGGAUAAUAUACAGUCGUUUAAUUACAC